AUGUUGGUAUCAGCGUUUUCUGCUUCUGCCAGAGUUGUUUAUCGCCUUGAUAAUCGUUACGCAAGGCCUUAUUUGUUGAUACAAUUAGAGUGGGACACUGUUAUGAUGAUAUUAGAUGACGAAUAUAUGGAUGAGGAGAAGCGUUAUUUGGAAGCUGGAAUUGAAGAUUGUAAAAACACUGCGGAACUGAUUGAAAGUUUUAUAGUCAUAUUGGAGGGUAUGAAAUGUGAAUUGCAAGCUCAGGUUGAGCAUUUAGAGGCCAGACAGUUUGAGCGUACCAAUUUUAUAAAAAUGGUUGAAGUUAUUGGCAAUGUGACGAAAAAAACACAAAGACUGCAAAUAACAGCGAACACUUCAAGCAGUAAUCAGAGCAGUACUUUCAAACAAGCACAAAGAAAACCAAAUAAAACACUUGUUGAGAAAUUGUGUAGACCACCAGCAUCCUUAACAGGUUCAUUUACGAUAGAUCAGGACGACGAUACUAUAACAUUUUUAGAACCAGUGCGUGCUUUAACACUCCAAGACACAACAAUGGAUGACACUGUAAAGGACAAGGACAACAUGGAACAAAUAACAGAUAGUUUGAAGAAAGAUGUAGAAUUAGCACAUAUAUCAGAACCUCCUGCAGUGGAGUCCGAACUUGCUAAACAGUGGAUUCGUGAAGUCGCUUUCAAACAAGCUCAAAGAAAACCAACUGAAACUUUUAUUGAGAAAUCCUGCAGACCACUAGCAUCCCUAACUGGUUCAUUUACGGUGGAUCAAGAUGAAGACACUGAAACAUUUUUGGAACCAAUGCGUGCUUUAACAUUCCAAGACACAACAAUGGAUGACAUUGUAAAGGGCAAGGACAACAUGGAUCAAAUAACAGAUAACUUCAAGAAAAAAGAUGCAGGACCGGUGCGUAUAUCAGAACCUCCUGUGAUGGAAUCCGAACUUGCCAAACAGUGGAUUCGUGAAGUUGCUUUCAAACAAGAUCAAGAUAAAAACACUGUAACAUUCUUGGAACCAGUACGUGUUUUGACAUCUCGAGACAAAACAAUGGAUGACAUUGUAAGAGGCAAAGGCAAUAUGGACCAAAUAACUAAGGGCUUGAAGAAAGAUGUAGGACCAUCAGUACACACAUCAGAAUCUCCUAUAAUGGAGUCUGAACUUGCUAAACAAUGGAUUCGUGAAGUUGCUCAGAAAAUGUAA